UUGUACUUUGCCUUUACAAAAAGGAAGCACACGUAUCUUAUAGUUUGAUACUAUCUUGGCUUCCACCCACCUUCCAAAUGGCCCAAACCAAUGUCAUUUCUCUCUUUGUUUAUUCACAAUCAAGACUACAGUCUCUCUACACUCUCUAUAUCACCGACUCCUUUCCCACUUGAAUAUAUAUAAGCCUCUCUCAAAUCCCACUAAGUCUCACAAUCUCAUCUCUCUCUCUCUCUCUCUCUCUCUCAAAUUAUAGUUUGAUCCAUAUGGCUUCAUCUCAACUUACAAUAUCUCCAAGAAAGCUUCGAUCCGAUGUAUAUUCCUACUCAUACCAAGAUGACUCAAACACACCAUUGGUGAUCAAUGUUCUUGCUUCUCUUAUUGAGAGAAGUAUGGCUAGGAAUGAAAGGAUUGUCAAAAAUUGUAGAUGGGCUUUGUCUAAAGACGUUAGAACCCGAGUUUUCGAUUGCCAUGAGACACCGGACAUGACAAUUGAGUCCUAUCUAGAGAGGAUUUUCCGGUACACUCGUGCUGGGCCAUCGGUUUAUGUUGUUGCAUAUGUCUAUAUUGAUCGGUUUUGCCAGACUAAUCCUGGAUUUCGGAUCAAUGCUACAAAUGUGCAUAGGCUUCUCGUUACAACGAUCAUGGUGGCAUCUAAGUAUGUGGAGGACAUGAAUUACAGAAAUUCAUACUUUGCAAGAGUUGGUGGAUUAACCACAGAAGAAUUGAACACAAUGGAGCUUGAAUUUCUAUUCUUGAUGAAAUUCAAAUUACAUGUAAAUGUAAGUGUGUUUGAGAGCUAUUGUAGUCACUUAGAAAGAGAAGUCAGCAUUGGAGGAGGUUACCAUAUAGAGAGGACUUUAAGAUGUGCUGAAGAAAUCAAAGCAAGGCAAAAUGAAGAAAGUGGGUAUACUCAGAUUGCUCGAGUUAUGUUGUAGAAUGUAGAGUUGAAGUGGGAGUUUUACCCUUUUUGGUAAAAUUCUAAUUCUUACCGACCUUGUUGUUGGGGGAUAACUCUCUUGUACAAUGAUGUAAAAAAUUUAGAGGUUUUGGGAAUUGUCAAGGAUUUACGAAAUGUGGAGACAGUGUAACUUAUUUUACUAAUACAGUGACUUUGUCAUACUUCCUGUCAAUAUUAAUUUCCUUAAAACGUAAAUUUUAAA